GCGCAUUGUUACAUUCUAACCAGCAUGAUGUACCGGGUCGCGAUGUCGUGUAGACUUUGGUGUGCUCGUCAUGGCAUUGCAUUAGUGGGAAGCAAGCUUAUUCCACAACAUUAUUUUCCGAUCAGUCCUAUAGCACGGUGUAUGAGCAGCCAUGAUGUCCCGUCUCACUGGAAGACGGACAAACAGAUUGCCGAAGAACACAGAGCCACCAUGAACUUCUACCCAGUACCAGAGGGGUCCUGGCAGGAGCAGUACACCAAUACGAACAAGAAGUACAACAUAUACCUCAUCACAUCAACAGCUGUAUUUGGGAUCACAAUGUACCUUACCUGGAAAACAAAUUCAGUACCUUUGAAACUUAGCUCCUAACAUGAAGGAAAGACCACCCAAAGCCCUGGUCACUGAAGAUGGUGAAGAAGCACCUCCAUCAACAGACUGGAGCACCGUGCCCGAGAUCCCGGGUCACGCACCAUAUCUUCUCAUCGGAGCUGGCACGGCAUCAUUUGGAGCAUUCCGGGCUAUAAAAUCAGGAGAUCCUAAAGCACAGGUCUUGGUGAUUGGUGAGGAAAACCACAUUCCAUACAUGCGUCCACCACUCUCCAAAGAGAUGUGGUUUAGUGAUGACAGAAAUGCUACGCAGAAUUUACGUUUCAAGCAAUGGAAUGGCAAAGAAAGAAGUGUAUAUUUUGAACCAGCCAGCUUCUACAUAGAACCCAAGAAAUUACCAUUCCAAGAAAACGGUGGCGUUGCAGUACUCACUGGUAAAAAGGUGAUAAAGCUGGACCCCUCUGAGAAGAAAGUGUGGCUUGAUAAUGGAUCAGAAAUUACAUAUGACAAGUGUCUUAUUGCUACAGGUGGCAAGCCAAGACAUUUGCCAGUUCUUGAUAAUGCUGGAGAAGAUGUUAAGAAGAGGACAGUGUUAUUCCGAUCUAUUGAAGAUUUUCAGCGCCUUGAUCUGAUCACAGAAAGAGCUAAAUCAGUGGCUAUAGUUGGAGGUGGUUUCCUUGGCAGUGAGUUAGCUUGUGCAUUAGGAAAGAAAGGAAAGAAGAAAGGCAUCAAGGUUUAUCAAUUGUUUCCAGAAAAUGGCAAUAUGGGUCGUGUUCUCCCAGAAUAUAUCAGCAACUGGACCACAAAGAAAGUCCAGUCUGAGGGAGUUGAUGUUAUUCCAAAUGUCAAAGUUGAAUCUGCCAGUUACAACCGAGGCAAAGUUGAUCUUGGUCUCAGCAAUGGCAAAUCUGUAUCUGCUGACGUUGUUGUGGUAGCAGUGGGUCUGGAACCCAACGUUGAGCUGGCGAAGACGUCUGGUCUUGAGACGGACGAUGUUCACGGUGGUUACCGUGUUAAUGCCGAGCUAGAGGCCAGGUCCAAUGUGUGGGUGGCUGGUGAUGCUUCCUGUUUCUACGACAUCAAGCUAGGUCGGCGACGCGUGGAACACCACGACCACGCUGUUGUUAGCGGAAGACUCGCUGGAGAAAACAUGACUGGGGCAGCUAAACCGUACUGGCACCAGUCUAUGUUCUGGUCAGAUCUUGGGCCUGAAAUUGGCUAUGAAGCUAUUGGAAUUGUGGACUCCACUUUGCCUACAGUAGCGGUGUUUGCCAAGGCAACAGAAAAAGACACUCCAAAGGCUACAGUUGAAAAGAGUGGAGAAGGAAUUCGCUCAGAAUCAGAACAGGCUGCAUCCCCAGCCGUCCCGGAAAAGCUUGUGCCCAGACCACCAGGUGAUGACGACGACUACAGCAAAGGUGUUAUAUUUUAUCUCAAAGACAAAACUGUUGUCGGGAUUGUCCUGUGGAAUGUUUUCAACAAAAUGCCAUUGGCUAGAAAGGUUCUAAAAGAUGGUGCUGAAAAUGAGGAUCUCUUUGAAGUUGCCAAGCUGUUUAACAUUCACGAGUCUUCAUGAUGACAGUGGACUCUAAAAGUUUUAUUUAUUCAUAAAACAUCCACCAGAGACGGCUAAUUUUGAGCAGAGACGUUCACUAGACAUUUUGAAAAUAUUUACGGAUUUAUUUUUGAAAAUAUUUUUCUAUAUUUUAUCAGUGAACAGUAGAGGUUGUCUUAUUAGCAGGGUUUUUGAUAGACUGCUUUUACAACUACAAAAAGGAUUAUUAGCUAUGACCUACAUGUAUUAAAUGCUACAGUUGAUUUGAGCAACUAAUGAAUGAUUUUUACCAUUACGUUAUAAUUUUAUGUCACUAUUAAAAGAGACUGUCCUGAGUUUGCUGGUAUUUCCAACCAGCAGGGAUUUUUUUGAUGACUAAUAUUACAUAUUAAAUACAUUUUCUUAUUUAGAACAUCAGUGGGUGUAUAAUUGGUGUUUUUCUAAUAGACCUAUUGUCUGUAGUUUUCCUAGCUUCAUAUUUUUUUUAAUAUACAUGAAAUUAUUGGGAGGUAAAAUCUAUUUCUUUUCUACUUACCUGGCCUCAACACAAAUGCAUAUUCUCUAUACGAUUUGCUCGGAAAAGAAGGAAGUUACAGUCGUGUGAACGGAACAGAAAGGAGGACUCUGUAGAAGAAUUUUAGGCCAUCCCAUUGGCUGUUGGGAUGUUCGGACCAGACUACUAUCUUUAGAGGAAUAUGCAUUUAUUUUGAGGCCAGGUAAAGUAUUCUUAAAAAAGAGAAAACACCUCUAGUUUUCUCCAGUUUGGGCUGCUACAAAUAUUAGGACAACUACAAACAUAUUGCAUACACAGACACUGAUAUUCUAAACAAGAAAAUGUAUUUAAUAUGUAAGUUUAGUCUGUUAGCUUGAAGCAUGUUACAAACGGAGGACAGUAUCAUGAUUUUGUUAAAAGUACAAUCUAAUUCUAAAGUCUUCAUGCUUACUGAACUUUUUAAAAGUCCAGACUCAAGGCUUUAAAUAACGAAAGUCUCAUCCAUAAACGAAUGGCAUAUAGAAGUAUGGACAUGGUCUAGUCUCGAGUUAGGAUAUAAGAUUUUUAAAGCACAAGCCAUGAUCUAACAUCAAUCAUGUGACUAAAGAUUCAGGAUACGCUCUUUAGGGCCGUUUAAAACUCUUAAUUAGUUUAUUUAUUUGCUUCUUCCAACUAGGUUAGUGAGUUAUGCCCAAAAGAGAAUGUGUAGAUGCACUGCCAAGGUUUUUUUUACUGUUUUAUGAAUUUAUUAAUACCUUUUCUACACAAAUUGUAUUCAUAAUGGUCCUUUUGCUUUUUAAAUAUUCAUUAAAAAGCAGUUUAACAAUUUAAAGAAGGAAGUUAUAUUUUACCCAAGUAGAAACUUUCUAAAGAAAAAUGGAAAUAUAAUUUUCAGAUAUUUGUAAUAUAAAUGACUUGAUGUUUAUUUUAAACUUUUUGCAGGUCAAAACAUGAGAAUCAGUUUAUAGUUCUAUAAUCAAGUAGAAGUGUUGCAGGUUCUCAUUAAGAAAAAUAAAAUGGCAGCCACAAGAACUAAUUUGUGCCCUGUCAUUGGCCAGACACAGUACUGCAAUGAGACUGAAGUUAUCUUUAUAGCCAUUAACUUCCAGGCUUUUCUAGAAUUAAUCACAUGGUGGAACGGAAAAAAGGAAACACUUCAACUUUAUGUGUUUACUGUCAAUUUUUAACUCUUUAGCACACGAUUUAAACAUAAUUGUAUUUUAUGGGUGAACAGGCCUUAGACUAGCAUAUCUUUUUUGACUGGUACCAUGCUCGCCAGACCAAGCUCUAGUUUUUUUGGGGGCAUUAGUUUAGCAACAAUUGCCCCUUGACGAGUGUUUAAGCUGACAUUAAAUAUGAACUGAAGUUGAAAUUUGUUGGAAGACGUGAAUUUGUCUAAUUUUAUUUUGCUAAGAAAAACAUUAAAUUUGCAAAAUAUUUUCAGAUAAAGUUGGCAAGAUUGCUAACACUUUUUAGGCCCAUGUGUAUACUAGAUCUUAGAUAAUAUAUUGCCCCAUGUGGUGAACGGUCCGUCAAUAGAAAAGUGUAUUCAGUUUGAUACAAAAACUGCAGGCUUCUAAAACAUCAUCAUCGAAUUUGAUGUGGUGCUACAUUUAAAAAAUAAUAAGAAUCUCAUGUUGAUGUUCAGUAGUACUUAACUGAAGUUUGUUAAAGAAAAUCAACCUAUAUGCAGUGAAACUUAUUAAGAUGGCUUUAACUGUGUGAGAUACCUUUGUAUCAGAGCUUGAGGUGUUGGUAGAUAAUAUUAUAGGGUAGACAGUCCUGUUAUUUCUGUGCUAUAUAUCCCAAGUGAACACUAGCGACUUAAAGAUGUAUUCAGAUACUUGCAGAUAUUUUUUUUUAAUUUUGGUUAUUCUAAUGAAUGAUACAGUAAUAUACUUGUAAAUAUUCAUUAUGAUUUAAAAUUUAUGGUAAUAUAUUGUGAAAUUAUAAUAUUAGCAGUUAUUGAAAGCUAGUGUACAUAAUUUUGAGAAAUGCAGGUUAUGUAGGUUUGUAACAACAAUGAAUAGCGAGAUUCAUGCACUGUGCUAUAUUAGCAGACUUCUUUUUUUUUCAGUGAAAAGUGCUCAGAGCGAAUAAAUUAUUUUGUAUAUA